AAUAAAAACCUGGUCGAUGAGUUACACAGUAGAAGGAGCGGGGAAGGUGCGCGUUAUAUAUUAAGGGAAAAAGACAUGGGCAUACACAGGGCGAGCAAAACAUGUGGGCAACGCGACGACCGCCCACCGGACCUGUGCGACCGGCAUGGCCCCAUGCGAAGUCUGGACCUCGAGCACAUGCACGCGAGGGGGCCAUCGACCACCAUGAACCAUGGCUGCCGUCACCGGCUCCGCCAGCUUCGCCCGAAAAGUGCACCCCGAAAGGAAAGGACGUGAGCGACUAGGAGUGCGGCUGACGUUGACCUCUUGAAUACGCGCGCUUUGACCGCUCCGUGCGCCGGCGACCUCAACGGGCCGAUGACGACGGCCCAUUGGCGCUGCUGGCGCUCCUUCUGCUCCCUUUCUUUUCGGUUUCGAGCGCGCUGGCGCCUUCCGUUCUUCCCCUUCCCUUUCCUUGUCCUUCGUCCCGUCCUCUCCGUCGAAUCGAAGGAAACGAAAGGCGCGGCGCGGCGAGGCGAGGAGGGCAGGGGCGGGAGGGAGAGCGCCGACAGCUGCUGCUGCUGCUGCUGCAGCCACGGAAGCUAAAGAAAGCGCAAGCGGAAGCCAAGGAAGGAAGGAACUGCAGGAUUGCAUUGUCCUGUGCUCUCUCUGCUCACUGGAGCGGGUUGCGGCUACUCCGCCUUCCUCUCUGCACUGCAUUCUCUCCGACCUUUCGCUCGGCGCCUCGAUUGAUUGAUUGAUCGUUCGAUCGAUCGAUCGAUCUUCCGAGUUGGUGAUCGGGGUUUGUUUUGUACCUGCGUCUUGAUUGUCGAUCUUGGAGCGUUGCUGAAGCUUCGGUCGGAGGAUUGGAUUGGAUUGCAUUGGUCUGAACAGGGCAGGGCAGGACAGGACAGGUGGCGGGAUUGAGGAGCAGAAUUUUAGAAUUCGAGUGUGGGGUUUUUGGUUUUACGGUAGAUUGGCGAGCUGUCCGUGGCGGCAGAUUUCCGGCGUGGUGAUGUGGCUUGAGUCUUUUGUGUCCGCAAGGUCGAUGUCCUGGUGAUCGAGCUCGGGUCUUGAGUCCAGUUGGUGACCGUGGUUCCAGUUCGGCGGCGUCCGUGUUUGUUUGGACGAAUUUAGCGAGCAGAUCGAAGGGAAUUUUGGGACUGAUUUAUGGGGGGACGCGAUUUUGUGAAAGUGUUUACUGGUGGUGUUGACAGAGAUCUGUCCCGAUUAUCUGUGGAGCUUACUGGAGUGAGACGACCUAAGAUGAAGCUGAUAGUUUAGCUUAUGUAGAGGCGAGUUUGGGGACAACUAUGAGAGGCGAGAAAGCAAAUUUUGAGGAAUUCCUAUGGUGUUAUUCUCGACAAGGAUUUACGGGUCGCCGAGAGGCGCAUUUCAGCUCACAGAGAGGGCAGAGGUGAAGAAAAUUGUGUGUUACCAUGGCAUUCGAAGGGAAAAUGAGGAAUUCAGUAUGGAUAUUCCUGGUGUCUUUUGCAACGUUGAUUUUGCGUGUCUCUGGCAGCAACUGCACGAGCAGCAGUUCUCUAGUUGGUCUCAAGACCGACUUUCUCAUGGUGCAGCACCAGUUACGAGGCUCUCUGGAGAUUUUAGACGACUGUACAUUCAGGGUGACAAAAUUCGAUAUGCUAGCUGGAACUGAUGUUUACUGGUGGGGUUCACUUGGGGAAGAUUUUGAGAACAUGACGAACGGAUUUCCUGUUUCCAAUACGAAACUCAACCAAACGUACAGAAACGACACUCUUGAAGUUACUUUACAGAAAAAUUAUACCUGGGAGGAGUUCAAAGUGCUGAGUGUUUGGGAUAAACCUACAGGAUCGGAUUUUGGGCAUGUUUUGCUUGAAUACUACAUUCCGGAGACGGUCGAAUAUGGUCCUCCACCUGAAAGUGGGUUCGAUGGGGAACCGCCAGAGCCAGCACCAGCACCCGGUCCUGCCUCGGCUUGGGCUCCAAGUGCGAACGCGCCGUCGUACGCCGAUGAACCAGCACUUGCGCCCCCUGAAGUGGUGCUGAGUGGUCAAAAGCAGCCAACUAUGUUCGAUAACUGUAUCUCCCUUACAUCCACAUUCCGUUUGCGGUGGACUCUCAAUACCGUGGCGGGAACUAUAGACGUUGGGCUCGAAGCAGCUUUGUCGAAAUCACAGUAUAUGGCUUUUGCUUGGGCUCAAACAGGCUUAAAAAAAGGCUUCAUGUUGGGUGCGGAUGCCGUGGUUGCUGGAAUGGAUGAGAAAGGCUUGCCGUUUGCAGAGGAUUAUUAUUUGGGUGAUUACGCUGAGUGUAGCUGGGACACGAAUAGUCCCUCUGGAGUUUGUCCUGAUUCUAUUUUUGCUGGGGGAUACAACAUGGGUGCCAAUAAUACGAAACUUGUAUACGGGCAGGAAGUUGAUGGUAUCACUCUCAUUCGAUACCAAAGGACGCUUCAGGGCGUGGAUGCCACCUUCGAUGUCACGAUAAAUACCACUAGCAGCAUGCAGGUCAUAUGGGCGAUGGGAAUGAUGAAACCACCAGAUCUUAUCAAGCACAAUCGUACUCCACAAAAUCAUGGUCCUUCCUAUGGUUACAGGAAGCUGAAUGUGGGGGAGUCAGUUGAUGAGUGUUUGGGUCCCAUGGUCGCCAAUACGCCCCAAACCGAUGUUGUUGUUGCUGACAGAGGCACCACAAUUGUGGUUGGGUCAGACGUGGCUGUGCAUUACCCGAACCCACCGUUUCCCAAGAAAGUUCUGUACAUCAACCAAAAAGAGUCUCCUCUACUUAGAGUUGAGAGAGGUGUUCCUGUCGACUUCUCAAUUCAAGCAGGACAUGAUAUUGCUUUCUAUAUCACAUCGGACCCGCUUGGUGGAGCGACCAAUGCCAGCGAGAUCAUUUAUGCAGGAGGGCCUGAGGUCCAUGGAGUGCCUGUUAUACCGUAUCCACUCACUUGGCUUCCGAAUCGCAGCACUCCUGACUUGGUCUAUUAUCAGGAUUACUUUACACAGAAAAGAGGGUGGAAGAUGGAGGUUGUGGAUGGCGGUUUGUCAGACAUGUAUAACUCAAGUGCUCCUCUAGCUGACAAUCGGGUCACUCUUUUCUGGACUGUGAAUAGUAAUCGUAUCUACUUAGCUGUUCGUGGGGAGGUGAAGAGUGGAUACUUAGCAAUAGCUUUUGGGAGUGGAAUGGUAAACUCAUUUUCCUACGUAGGGUGGGUUGAUGACCAAGGAGUGGGCCACAUAGAGGCGUACUGGAUGGACGGAAAAUCAGCAUCCAGUAUACAUCCAACAGGAGAGGAGCUUUCAGACAAGAAAUGCGAGACGAGAAAUGGUAUUGUUACCUUUGAGUUCAGCAGGCCCUUGCAACCAUCGUGCAGUAAAGGCACGCUUUGUAAGAACGUGAUUGAUCCUGCUACGCCUCUCAAGGUUGUGUGGGCCCUUGGUGACGCAUGGACUUCAGAUGAGCUUACGGAUGGCAACAUGCAUACUGAUUUCAGCAGCAGAUCUACCCUGAUUUCCUUUCUACUUGGUGCUGCAAAAGUGGAGCAGCUGCAGCCAGUGUUAGCUGUGCAUGGGUUUAUGAUGUUUAUUGCUUGGGGUUUGUUACUUCCCGGCGGGGUUUUAGGAGCAAGAUAUUUGAAGCAUUUGGACAGCAACGGAUGGUUUGAAAUUCAUAUGUAUUCACAAUUAAGUGCACUUGUGGUUAUGCUACUUGGUCUCCUCUUUGCCGUUGCAGAGCUUCAUGGGUUCAAUACAAGAACAGCACAUAUGAAGGUGGGAUUGGCAAGUAUCAUUUUAGCAUGCUGGCAGGCCAUCAACGGUUAUUUGCGCCCAUCGAAAUCCGUGCCCGGGGAACCAGAACGAACUCAGAGAACCGUAUGGCAAUAUGUGCACAUGUACACUGGUCGCUCAGCACUGUUACUUGGGUUCAUAUCUCUCGUAACAGGAAUUUCACAGCUAGCAGAGAGAGAUGGUGUGGGAACUAUGAAACCGCUCCAGUGGGCUCUUUUUGCGUGGUUUUUUGCCGUUGCAGCCAUUGUUGGCUACGUCGAGUUUCAAGGGUUUUGCAGCAAGAGGCAUCAAGAUACAGUGGUGUUUGAUAGAAUACUUGGAAGUGAAGAGGACGUACAAGAUCUAUCGCCCCACAAUGGGUCCUCAUUUUUCUCGAGAGAUUCAAAAGACAGUCAUCCUUCUCCAGCUCGGGGUAUGGAAAUCCAGCUGGAAGCGUUACAUUAACUCUUACUUUUUCCCUUCACCCUUUCAGCUUUCAGCUUCCUUAUCAUGUAUCGGGUGCGGUCCAAUUCACACCUCUUGGUUUUGACAAAAGCUGAGAUCACUAGGAGAUUACCGAGCUAUCUUGACGAGUAGCUUCUCACAAACUUAUUCAUUUAGGCGGACGUUCAAAGAUGUCCAAGGCAACACACUUGCCGAUGUAGAACAGAUCAAGUAACCCACAGAAUACAUCUCCAAGAAUGUGGAGAGUUUCUUUACGAGGGUGUACAUACCUCACUCGUAGAUUGUACCUUCUCUCAAGGGUAGUCUGAAUUUGUAGAGAAGACCAAUAUCAACGCACUCUAAAGAGGUUUGUUCCUGAAGAGUAGUUCGAACUUCUUGUUACCUGAAAUUCGCGUCUUAUCCAAGCUAGCAAUAGCCGUGUGAUUAGAUUUUCUAUUGAAAGCUAACAAAAGUGGAUAGUCAGUGAUGAAUAUUAGAUUCAUUCUAUAUUGAUUGUCUUCGGUACUUAUGACCUCGAAUAAAGAAGUGGGACCCAAGAAG